AUGACUUCUGCAAAUGAACCCAGAAUCGGCGUUGGCGUAUUUGUUAUGAACUCCGAGGGCAAGUUUGUCCUUGGAAAGCGAAAGGGCAGCCAUGGCGCAAAUACUUGGGCCUUACCAGGUGGACAUCUCGAGUUCGGCGAGUCCUUCGAGACCUGCGCAGAACGCGAAAUUCUUGAAGAAACAGGCAUCCAAAUUCGCGAUAUCCAGUUUCUAACUGCCACGAACAGCGUCUUUGAAGCCGAAGGCAAACACUACGUUACUAUCUUCAUGGGUGCUGUUGUCAGCAAUGAUUCCGAUCAGCCGCAGAUCAUGGAACCUGAGAAGUGCACGGCAUGGGAGUGGGCUUCGUGGGACGAGCUUCGAGCUGAAGGGCAAUUACAGCUGAGCUCUGUGCCAAACCACACGGGGAAAGAACUAUUCCUGCCUUUGCUGAGCCUGAUUGAGCAGAGACCUGAUUUCCGUGUAUAA